UAGGUCCUGACUAGGGUCCUUGACAACGUGGAAGAUGCGAAAUGUGUUUGUUUUGAACGUGCGCGUGUAUCGUUUUUCGAGCUCCCACGGCAUGACCACCCCUACGUGGAGAACGGGCUUUAGUUUUUAGGCUCAUUGUUUGUUUGUUAAUACCAUGAUGCCGGGGGACAACCAGCCCAAAACUGUGCCAAUUGCCUCGGACGCGACCCCUGGGAACUGUCAGAAUUGCUCCGUUUUACACCAGAGCUUAACGGAAUACGUGUCAUCGUUUUUGGCACUGAAACAGAAGAUUACAGUUGCAGAUGACACGAUCACUUUGCGACAGCAACAUGAAGAGCUUCAGAGUCGAUUGUUUGCUUUGGAGAAAAGGACUGAGAAUCACGAGGCUGUGCAAGCAGAGUUGGAAGAAAAAAAGCGGAUUCUCCGGGAUUACGGUCAGAUCACUGAAGAGUUUGAAAAGUUGAAGCAUGAAAACGGUGUUACGCUGGCUGAGAAUGGGAAGCUGGAACAACAACUAAAGGGCAUCAAAGAACUCAUGGAAGCUCUGUCCCUUGAGAAUGCGCAACUGAAACGGGAAAGGGCUGCGUUCGAAAAUGAUUUGCUGACCGCACAAAUAUCUUUAAAGAAAUCUCAAGAAAAUGCAGAUAAAGUAGAAAAAUUGAUGGAGGAACAAGAAAGAAUAUCGAGCAUGAAAGAAAAAUUGGCAAAUAAAGUGACACUGAUGGAAGAAUCCGUUUCUGAAAGGAAUAAUCAAAUUUCACUGCUAAGUAAGGAGAAGAUGGUGCUGGAGAAAAACAUUUUUGACCUCCAGGGAAGACUGAUAAAACUGGAGAGAGAAAGAAACAAAGAAUAUAAGAGUAUAGCAAUUCAGGCAAGACCAUCUGGAGAACAUAAAGUUGACAAAGAAAAGGUUCGGAUACUUUUGGAGCAGUUGUGGGCUUGCGUGGAACCGAAAGACCAGCAGGGAACCAACGCCUUGCUUUUACAGGAUCCCAAAUCUCCACAAAGGAACUGCAUUCCACAGGGUGCUAAAUCCCGGACUCCUUUCCAUCAGAAUGGUGAUAUUCAAAGAUCCCCCACCCAGAUAAAUGCACAGUUGAAAACGUCCCCACGUGCACACAAAAUUAAGAAACAAGCAUCUCAGCUAAUACAGAAAGAGGAAAAAUCCCGUCCAACGAACAAUAAUCACGUGACCAAAGACGUCAAACCAAAGGAGUUUGUCCCUGACACUCCCAACAUGGACGAAAUAUUGAAAUUGUUCAAGCCGCUGCCUCCCUGUCUAUCACCACUAUUGGAGUCUGAGAACGAAACGGAGUCUGUGGAGACCGGGGACAGAGAAGCAGUGCGAGUUGGUGCUCCUGGUAAUCCCGGUCCUGGUGAAAAGGAGUUUCAGGACACUAGAACAAAGUCACCCCUUUCUCCAAAACCUUUGUCGACGACGUUUGCGGAAAGUGAUGGAUUGUAUAACGUCGCAACUCAUGAAAUGGAAUGCACCACGAACAUACACGGAUCAAGUGUCACCACAGAGCUAGAGAAUGAAAGACCCAGCCCGAAUGCUGACGAAAUGCAGAUUGAGGAGAAAACUCUGGAGCCGUUAGUAUCAUUUUCCGUUUCAGCUGAGGAAUCUCCAGCAAGUACUGUUGAAACGGAGCUGUGCUGUACACAACCUCGUUCCAGUUGCGCUGCCACAAACGUACAAGAAACCGACAGCUGUAAUCUUACAGAUUCACAGGAACGAGCUCAAGGAGAGCCGAUCAAAGACGAGUCUGCGUGUCCAGAGAGAGAUUUGAACAAAAUGUCCUCUGGCAAAAUCCGAGACACUCUUUGUGGGAAAUCUCCCAAAGCUAAGGUCAGUGAGGAGGUAUUGGAUGCACACUCAUUUACGUCCUCAACUUGCAUCAACUCUGUACUGGGCAAAGACAAUUUAAAUGGGCCACACGUCUCCAAAAAGAAAACCGACGAUCAAGACUCGAGUUGUUUGGUGCAAGAAGCUCCAGAUUUUGCAGCCCUAAAUCUCCCAAAUAAUGCAGCGGACUCAGAAAUGCAAGAUGGUGACGUGGAAACAUCAAGCUAUGACUUUAAUCGUAGCACCACCACUCCAGAAAGUGAAGACUUGAAAGAAAAUAAGGGAUUGCAAGCCCAGGAAACUGUAGAAGCUGAAAGAACACCUCCCCGAUCAGACCCGAGUAGAAUUCUACCUCCCGUGUCUACGAUUAAUGUUGCAGAUGAAACCGUUGCUGACCAGAUCGCUUGUGUUACAACAGCUCCACAGAACGAUCUUCAGAAUGACACGUUGAACGAAGAAAAAUCUCCUUCGGACAAAUGUAAAUCUUUGAAAGAAAAUAGCUGUUUGCUAUCCAGUCAUUUGAGUCAUUCUUGCUCAUUACCCAAUGUGAGCACAAAUGUAUCAGAAAACCAAACAAAAGAAGAAGAAAGGUAUCUUGGAAGGAACAGCAAACACCUUUUAAUGAACAAAACACAGAAGGUUCUUCAGAACAAAGGUCUUGUAGAAGGUAGUCUUAUCAAAGACUUGGCUCAUGACAAAGCUUGUGACGUGCCGACAGUCACCGCUGUCGAACGUGUUCUACACGGGAGUGGGCAAGGUCAAUCGGAGACUUCUGUUGAAGUACUCGAGGACCAGAACCCUGAUCUCAUCAUGAGCGGCGUAUCCACAGCUAUCCCGGCGACAAGUGAAACUGCAGGACCCAUUCAACCGUUGGAGUCCAUAAGCAAAGUUCGCACUGAAAUGGGUUCGCCGCUCCCUCCGCUCAUCACUCCUGUGAAGACGCCUCCGAAAUCCGGAAAAGCCAUCAAUCCAAGGCACGCCAUCGGAAAGCUCUCCUUUCCCUCCCCAAUGGAUAGACUGGCCUCUCCUUGCACUCAAGUCCAGACCCCCGUGACUCCCAACAGUCAGACCGUUUGUUCGUCUUCAACUCCAAACGGAGUCCCGUCGUCACCUCUUCAAUUUGGCUCCGCCACCCCAAAACACGCCGUGCCCGUCCCAGGUCGCCUGCCCACUGCCGUAAACUCCUCGCCGGCCACAGCCUCUUGUCCAUCUCAGGAAAACUCAAUGAAGAUUCUGGACGACAUGUACCCAGAACUGUCCGCACGCGCCCGCACUUUGAGCAUUCUUAGAGGGAACCUUAGCAUCAGUUCUUCAGAAAACGGAGCCUCGCCCCCAAGGACUGACAGUCAGGUGUCCAGCUUUACGACAGUCACUUCCACCGGAACCGCCUUCGCCAAGACGACCGAGACGAGAGGAGAAAAACGACCCGCCCCGGAGUCUCCUCCGCCUAAAAACAGCAAACAUCUCAGAUUAGAGGAGCGCUCCGCAGGUGUCAGCCAAACGUGCCCUGGGUCCUUGACAAACAGUGACAAGGAUUCAGCAUGGCUUCAGACGCCGGAGGUCAAACCGAUGGAAAGCGAGGACAUGGUUGUCUCAACGGAGACGGAAGGACCUGUGGAGGAAAACGACGUGGGCCGCCUUUUGGAGAGGAUCGAGCACCAGGCCUUCGACGUGUUGCCUGUGAUCCAGAGCCACAUCCAUGUUGGGAACCUGCCCAAAGAGCCUGUGCUGAGGGACGAGGAGAAAGAAGUCAUUUCAAAGGUUUUUCACAGCAGCUUAGCAGAUGAAAUGACGUUGGCCAUCUUGCACCAACUCAAAAGCGAAACGAGGGACAUGUGUGGAAAAUAUGCGCAGGCCCUCUGCAGAGUUUACACGGCCAUUUGUCGACAGAAAAGAGACUUUGAAAAGGCUCGCAUCCUGGCGUACAGCUUGCUCAUUGAAGAUUUUCCCAACGCUGCCAAGCUGAUUUUGUUUAUGGUGACAACAUGGCGGAGUCUUUUGUCUCACGGCGGCCUUCUGUGCCAGGCCAUCCACGCGGUCGCUAAACUUAAAGCACCGCACGAUAUCUCAAAGUGCCUCUCGGCAUUCCUUGGAUGGGAGAAGAGCCCGCCCUGCGAUAUUGACCGUCUGCUCUCAAGGACUUUAUCAGCGAUGCACUCGGGCCCGGAGGUUUCUUUCUUGAAACACAGUCGCUAUGGCGAUGACCUGGGGACGGCGGCUUGGGAGCAGGUCUUCGCUAUGCAUCUCCUCUGUGCACAAAAGUCCUGGAAGUGGAGCUAUGACCAUAUCUUGAGUAAAGAGUUGUGGCCACUGAUGAACACGUGGGUGUGUCAGCCCCGAGACCAGCAAGUUCCCAUCGCCGAUGUGACGGUGGCAAGCGUCCUCCGCCUAAUUGGGCUCCUUGGUCAGAUGGGAAUCAAAGAGAAGAACAUUUCUUCUGUGUUAACUGUGGCCAAAGUGAUCGGCGCCUUUGUUCGACAGAGCCAGAGUGAAGGUGUACCGUGGGGGGUGCAGUUAGCGGCCGUGAACUGCAUGUUUGACCUGUCACCGUGCGACCCCAAAGAAGCCCUGGACGCACUUGCGGGAUGGCGAGGGGAGGCGUCACAAAGUGUCCCCUCGGGGGUCACAAGCUGCAUUUUUCAGCUGGCCUCUAUUUGCAGACAGGUCAAGAAAUGAUUUCUGAUUACUUACAACUCCAGAUCGGCAAGAUUGAUUUCAAAUGAUUAAGGGAGCGUAAUCAAUCAUCUUACACUUCUCCAGUGUACGCAUUAUAAUGUUGAAUCUUUCAUUAGCGCAUGAUAAAGGAGGGAUGGAUGGAUGGAAGGAAGGAAGGAAGGAAGGAAGGAAGGAAGGAAGGAUGGAUGGAUGGAUGGAUGGAUGGAUGGAGGGACGGAGGGAGGGAGGGAAGGAGGCCGUUUAAGGCACCAACAGACUCUGUAAUGCUCUUGCUGGAGGAGUUUGAAAAGAGCCCGAACUUCAGAUGAUGUUCGGACUUGAGCCUGCUCUGCAGGUUGACUAACUUAAAACCUGUAAGAGCAGUUUCAAGACGUUUUACUCCCCUCUCCAUCCCACGCGUGUUCUGUUGAUUUCAGGUUUCCACUCAGACAAGAAAGUGAAGUGAGAGAAACUUUGUAUUUUUUUUCUGAUGGAAUAAUCUUAACUGUUCACAGCCAUUAAGUUUUGCUAAGAUAAUAUUUUAGAUUUAUGUGUGUCUGUGGUGGGCUUGGAAAUGUGUCACGUACUUGUAAAUUGUCUCUCUGAAAAAGCCCACCACAGUAAAGCCUGUACAGUUUCAGAGAUUAUUUAUUUUUACAAUUAAAAGUUCUAUGCAACGUG